ACUAACCGUCCUGUCAGAUGUAGUGGCCGCCGGAGCUCCACGAUGCUCCGACGGCGUGACGUCAAGGCAUGCGUAGGCUCCUCGUUAUCAUCAGAGCACUGAUGAUCAGUGUGCCCUGAUGAUCUGUGUAGCCCCAGCAGUGCCACCUGUCAGUGUCCAUCAGUGCCAGCUCUCGGUGCUCAUUGAUGCCACCUGCCAGUGCCCAUCAGUGCCACAUCAAUGCCAUAUAUCAGUGCCCAUCUGAGUUGCCUUUCAGUGUCACCCAUCAGUGCCAGUCAGUGCCACCUAUCAAUGCCAAUCAGUGCCAGCCAGUACCACAUAUCAGUGUGCAUCAGUGC